CUAUUGUAUGGAGCCGUAGUUCGUGAUGUCAUCUGCUUACAGUACGUUCAAGAAUAUUUCCCUUUCGCUGUGGGCAGAAUGUAUGUGGACCAAAUGUUCUCACCACAAGAUAAACUAAAGGUAGAAAAUAUUACCGAAAGUCUGUUGACGGCUUUUAAGAAGAUGAUAAAAGAUGCUCGCUGGCUGUCACAAGCUACGAAGACAGUAGCAUUGAGAAAAGUUGAGCUCCAUGGGUCGUAAGAUCGGUUAUCCGGAGUUUGUCCUUGAUGACACGGCUCUCAAUGCCAAAAGUGACAAGUACUUUGUAAACGAAGACGACUUCUUCGGGACUAGCCUUGAUAUUUUGGUGGAAAGGACAGUCUAUGCGCUUCAAAAUCUAGGGAGGCAGGAGUACAGAACUGAAUGGAGCAUGCCAAUAUAUUCUGUUAAUGCUUUCUACAAUCCAUAUGUCAACGAAAUAGUAUUUCCAGCGGGAAUUCUCACCCUUCCCAUCCUCGUCAAAAACUUUACAACCGCUGAGCUUUACGGUAACCUCGGAACGGUCAUCGCCCACGAGAUCAGUCAUUCCUUCCAUGGUACAGGUGCUGACUUUGAUGAGAAAGGUAACUUGAGCCAGUGGUGGGGACAAAAAGACCUGAAGAUUUUCCAAAACCGGAGUCAAUGCCUGGUGGAUCAGUACAAUAAGUUUGUAGAUAAGGAGAUGAAUUUACACGUCGACGGGUCGCUGACUUUGGAUGAAAACAUUGCUGACAACUGUGCGCUUAAACAAGCUUUCAAGGCAUAUCGCAGUGUUAUCAAGGAGAGAGGCCGAGAAGAAGACCAGCAUCCUUCACUGCCGUACACACCGGACCAGCUCUUCUUCAUCGGCUUUGCACAAGCCUGGUGUUCUAACUAUGGACCCGAGCUCCGUAAAGUAGUAAUGAUGAAUGACCACAGCCCGAAUAACUUCAGGGUUAUAGGGUCUAUUCAGAACAACAAGGAUUUCGGUCGAGUCUUCAACUGUCCAGUGGGAAAACCCAUGAAUCCCAAGCACAAGUGCGAGGUCUGGUAGAAUCGAGUUACAGUCUAUCAAAAGAGGUGAAAGUUCAUGGAGGACUCGUCGUGUCAAGUUAUCUUUAAAUUUUGAUUGUAGUAUGGAAAUCAGGAUCGAUCUUACAUCUUUGUUUUCUCAAUGUUACCAAAAACUAUAAUCUCUCAACCUCUGUGUAUGAAUAGGUAGUUGCAUGUUUAAAACAUCAAAUCUGUUUGAUAUUAAAAGCAGUCACUUAUAUACAAUAAAGUCGUUGUAUGAUUGGUGUAUGAUGAUAAGUAAAUUGUAAAGGUUUAUUAGAUAUCAAUAAGUUUGUAAUGACUGCUUUGUCUUUUUGAGAAAUAUUCUUAUAAUUAUUUAAGAAAAAUAACGCCAAAAGUCGAAUCUGGGAAACCCACCAUAUGAAAAAAAGUUUCUUGGCCCGGAGAGGCUAUAGGUUGUGUAUAUGAAUUUAUCCUCUCUUCUAGUAAAUAGUAGCUGAACUAAAAGGGUUUACAAAUUCUUUUUUUUUUUGAGACCAGCUGUGUGUGUGUAUUUAAUUUUUUUUAUUUUUGGUGCAGCACAUUGACCCUGUCUUUGAUGGUGAGGUAGCGCGUUAUCUAACUCAACGACUUUUUUAACGUCUAAUAAUAAUGAUGAUAAAAUAAAUUAUCUAUUAAUAUUAAAUAUUAACUUUUAAAAUAAUUUGUUUCUCUUUAACAAUGCUCCAAUGGAUUCCACACACGUUCAAUCUCUAACAGUUACAACUUGGAUUUGAAAAUUUAGUCAAAAUUUCGGCCAAUAUUUAAGAAUUCAUAUAAAAUGACAAUGUGAGA